AACGAGUUGUUGUUGUGAAAUCGUUACUCUUGUUAUUUUCUAACGAAUCUCGGAAUUUCAUUAUUACGAGCAUCGGAGUUAUACGAAAAUAUAAUUAUAACGAAUCGAAGCAAAUUCGCACGGGUUUUAAUAAAAAGUGAAAGCUUCUAUUUAAUUGGUCCGUUCGCUGAUGAAACCAUCUCUCAAAUAUAUAUAUGAAAUUUUGCAACCAAAGGAUCUCUCUGUUCGGCUUGGAUCUUCCUCGGAUUUGAAAAGCGGAGAAGUACAGUAAGCUGAAUGGAUACGAAGCGCUUACGAUUUCAUGAUUUAUCCACAUUAUGGAUCAUCUUACUUACGUUCAUCCUAUCUCCGAGCUGUCUAGCAUCGUACAGCAUCGGAGUUGGCAUAGCCGAUUCCACCGGACCCGUUGCAGAAGUUGUAUUUAUGGGAUAUGCAAAGAUGGAUCAAAAAGGAUCAGGAAUACAUCUUCGAACCUUCUCACGUGCGUACAUCAUCGACGACGGUGAGGAGAGGUUUGUUUUCGUCAGUGUCGACAGUUGCAUGAUUGGAAAUGAAGUUCGAAAGGCGGUACUGCAUAAACUGCAGUCACAAUAUGGAAAUUUGUAUACGGAAAAAAACGUGAUGAUCAGCGGUACGCAUACGCAUUCUAGUCCAGGUGGCUUCAUGAUGGAUGUACUCUUUGACCUUACCACGUAUGGUUUCGUCAAGGAAAGUUUCAAUGCCAUUGUAAACGGAAUAACAAGAAGUAUCAAACGUGCUCACGAAAAUGUUGUACCUGGAAGGAUUUUUAUCACGCAAGGAGAAAUUUUGGAUGCUAAUAUAAACAGAAGUCCAUUAGCUUACCUUAAUAAUCCAAAGGCUGAAAGGGAUAAAUACGAUAAUAAUGUAGAUAAAACGAUGACGCAGCUACAAUUUGUCGGUGCUGAUAACCAACCGUUAGGUGUCAUCAAUUGGUUUGCUGUUCAUCCUACCAGUAUGAACAAUACUAAUCAUUUAGUAUCGAGCGAUAAUGUGGGUUAUGCUUCGAUACUUUUUGAAAAAAUGAUAAAUAAAAAUGCUAUGAUCGGCAAGGGUCCUUUUGUCGCUACGUUCGCUUCUACAAAUUUAGGCGAUGUUUCACCGAACACUCGCGGUCCAAAGUGCGAGUUUUCCGGAUUGAACUGUACCGAUUGUUAUACUUGCCCAGGGAAAAAAGAAAUGUGUUUUGCUUCAGGACCUGGCAAGGAUAUGUUCGAGAGUACCAGUAUUAUAGCAAGAAAAAUGUUCGAUAAGGCGGCGGAACUUUGGAAGAAUAGCGUUAAAAAGGAAGUUAUCGGUUCGAUACGUGUUGUACAUCAAUUUGUUGACAUGCCUAAGGAAUCUGCAACAUUUUAUAAUACAACUACAGGAGAAAUACAGGAGGUACAUGGUUGCUUACCAGCAAUGGGCUAUAGUUUUGCUGCCGGUUCCACAGAUGGACCAGGAUCAUUCUCUUUUGAGCAAGGUACGACAACUACCAAUCCUUUUUGGAAUGCAGUACGAAAUUUCUUGGCUACUCCUACGGAAGAAGAUAUUCAUUGUCACGGCGCCAAGCCGAUCUUAUUUGCCACAGGUCGAAUGCAGUUCCCGUACGAGUGGCAACCGAGAAUCGUUUCGACGCAAGUCGCUCUUAUUGGAAAUGUUAUUAUAGCCGGAGUACCAGGUGAAUUCACGACGAUGUCUGGGAGAAGACUAAGAGAGACUAUUAAAACUGCCACGAAUAGCGUCACAUACAAUGAGGAUUACUCUAUAAUAAUCGCAGGUCUUUGUAACACGUACAGUGAUUACAUUACGACGCCAGAGGAAUAUGAAAUUCAAAGGUAUGAAGGAGCAUCCACUAUAUACGGUCCACACACACUCACUAUCUAUCUUAAAUUGUAUCAAAAUCUCGUAAUGGCUGCCAUUCAAAAGAGAGAAGUUAAACCCGGUCCAAAUCCGCCAAAUUUAAGCUUAAAGAAAAUGAUCAGUUUUCUUACGCCAGUGCUGUUCGACACAGCAAAAUGGAGACAACAUUUCGGCGAUUGUGUUGAACAACCAGAAUCUAUUGUUUAUCCUGGGGAUAUUGUUACGGUAUCUUUUAUCUCUGGACAUCCACGAAAUAACCUCAUGACAGAUAACUCGUAUUUAAUAGUUGAGCGGUUAUUGAGGAACAAUACAUGGAUUACUAUUGCUACUGAUGCUGACUGGGAAACCAAAUUCGAAUGGGUUAGAACGUCUGUAGUUCUCGGUUCAAGUCAGGUUUAUAUUACGUGGGAAGUUCCAGAAGAUGUAAAACAGGGUGAAUAUCGUAUCAAACACUUUGGAUAUUAUCGUUAUAUUUUCGGAGGUGUCUACCCUUAUGAAGGAGUCUGUAAUACCUUCAAAGUGAUCCAGCCUGAACCUAAUAUCCGUCGACGAAGACAUGCUUAGCCAUAUAUUUUGCCAUGUAGAAUUUUUUCUUAGUCAUUCAAUGAAAUAAAUAUGCUUCAUGAUCAUA